CACCGGUCAGCGGACUGAUGACGUCUUACGGUACUAAGUUUUGUGAGAGGAAGCACGCUCGUGAAACUUUGGUGAAACGGGUGUGACGGAGCCCGUCACUGGACUAAAUUCAAGAAGCUAGAAGUCACUUUUGUGGGCACAUAAAGGAAACGUAAAACGAAAUGAGUGGAGACAUUGAAAAAGGCAAGAAGACAUUUGUUCAGAAGUGUGCCCAGUGUCACACUGUGGAGAAUGGCGGAAAGCACAAGGUUGGACCCAACCUCUGGGGUUUCUUUGGACGCAAAACAGGCCAGGCAGAGGGGUUCAGCUAUACAGAUGCCAACAAAAGCAAAGGGAUUAUUUGGAAUGAGGAAACCCUGAUGGUGUAUUUGGAGAACCCUAAGAAAUACAUUCCAGGAACAAAGAUGGUCUUCGCUGGCAUUAAGAAGAAGAAUGAGCGAGCUGAUCUUAUAGCAUAUCUCAAAUCCGCAACUUCAUAAAGAUCUUAACAUCUGUGCAACUUUUAGGAAUGUUUUGUGCCUUAACAAACCGUUUAAGCUACCAGGACUUGUCUUUUUUUCUUUUUUUUUCCCUCAAAAUAAGGCAAGAGUAUGCAGUUGGGGUGGCACUGGCAUAAUAAAUUGCCAGCAUUGUCUCAGGUUUACUUGAUGUAGAAUAAAUAUCUCCUGGUUUGAGCAAGUUUCAGAGAUAAAUUAUUAAGUAAUAUACUGUGCAUCCAUAAUGUAGGGACCAAACACUGUUUAACUGUUCAUUUUUAUGAUUUUUUUUGUUUUGUUUUGUUUAUCAGUUUCUCUUAAAAGUUGUCUAUUCUAUGAAUGAAAAUACCUUUUCUGCCUCGACUGCUUUUUGUCAUUUU